GGGCGAACGAGCGAAGCGGUCUUUUUCCGUCCGGUCGUCCCCUCGGUUUCUACAGAGACGGGCCAAUCGAGAGCCCAGAGCAGAGCAAUUGGUAUAAAAUCCAUCGAGAGAUCCGACCUUCAGGCUCAGCAGGUUUCCACUCUCCACUCCAUGACAGCGGCGGCUCGCGGAUCUCGUCGACGCGCUCGGUCUACCUUGGCCACCGAGAUUGCAGUACCGGCGGAGCGAUUUGGCCGCGCAUUGACAGCGGAGAGCUCUGAACUGGAGCUUGUAGUACGAGUGUGUUAUCUGCAUCGACUAUUAUGUAAACAAGGCCAUGGGGGAGCUGGUGGACACGUUCUUCGUCGACGCCGAUGGCAUCAUCGAGGUGGCACCAGUUAUUCCUUAUGCUGAAAGUUCCUCGGGUCCUCCGACUGGCGAUGAAUCUGGUCUUGUGCAACAUAUGCGAAGAAAAAUAUUUCGGAUGGAGAAAGACUUGGUAGGCAUCCAUGCCAUGGCGGCGGUGGUGAAGAAGAAUGGAGAGCUAGCUGCUACAGCGGAACAUUAUAUGCUGGAUGAGCUGCAAAAAGCCUCUAAAAUCUUGAACUGUAAGAAGCUGACAUUUCUUGUCUUCUCAAAUCUAUGGGUACUUCGUUUCUCAUUAAUUAAUUAUUUUUAGUGCGAAACCCUCACUCAUUUCUUGGGUUCAAAUUUAAGACCUUGAAUAAUCCACAAUGUCAAUUUCGCGGCUUCCUUUGAGAUGAAGGUUAAAUGAUAUGUUUUAUAUUUUUAAUAUAGUUCUUAAUUUAAUUACU